AUGGCUGCUGCUCGUUCCAGUGACCAGGGGGUUGAUCAGGUGCGCCCUGAUGACAGUGCCAGUGGUGUGGGCUCACAGGCCUCAUGGAGUGUGGUUCCACCUGAUGCUCCAGAGACUCCUGUCCAGCCUGCUCAGGCACCUGAAGCACCCCCUGGGAUCGACAAGACGGUUUGGGACGAGGACUCCGAUGAUGACGUUCCCCCAGCCAACUGGUCGGCAUAUGCAGCAGCAGAAGGCUCUAAUGCAGGCUGGGCUCCAGCCACGGAGGCUGCAAAGCACUUGCUCGGCAACAAGGAGAAGCAGACGGCCAAGCUUGCUCAGCAAAAAGCGAGGGCAAAGGCUCGAGGCCACAAGGCCGUUCGUUGGGGCCAGAUGCCAGUGGCGGGAGCGUUCAACCCGCAGAACUACCAGCUCCCACCUUUCAUCAAGCAGCUGGGCUCUGGGAAUGAAGAACGGUCGGUGUUGAUUUUGGAUGCAAGAGAUCAACGCAUCCAGAGUCCCUAUCAAGGGUGGCUCUUGGACGAGAUCCUGCUCAACGCACAGUCGGGCAUCAACAUCCUGUCAGAUCGUCAAUUGGUUCGUUCUCCUGCCACAGGAUACCACAUGAACCUCUUUUACGUCAGGGCGAUCGAUGGGUACAAGCUGAAUUGUGGUCGGGUCUAUGACAUCUUAUGGAUGGGUGCCAUGCGCCCGGUGGGACUCUUUGACAGGCCAUUUCGGUGGCCCAUCAUGCGUGAUGAUUCAUCAACUUGGGUGGACGUCAAGGUGAAGAUCGAGGGCUACCUGCUCUUGCACUUGGAGCUCCGUGGAUAUCGUUCAGAUCAGGACAUGUCCGUGCAGCUCAACUACAUCAACGAGGGUCUGGUGAUGACGAUCAAGGAGGUGCUCUUUGUGCCGUCAGUCGCUGUGACGAUCUUCCAAGGAUGGAGGGUUGUGGCAACCUCGUUCGAGGUAGGUGGGCGGCUCUACGUGUGCAGCGAAGGCGGAGUUGUGGUGGCGCUGGAUCAUCCCUUGUGCCACUUUGAGGUCAGGAUGACAGCCCUGUCCUCAGCUGACUCGAUCGGCAUGGAUGCUGAUCGCUUGGAGUUCCGCUUUCGCACCUCAGGGGACAAGAUUGAUGUGGCUUGCUCGCAGGUGAUGGUGCCCUCAACGUGGCUUGUUCUGUCACGAGUUUCGGGGCCAACGCUCAUCCAGAAUGCGCGCUGGUGUCGCGAUCGACAGGCACGAGUGGAGGGUCCUGACCAGACAAUGCAGAUGAGCCAGCUGGCUGGCAUCCAUGCUCACUGGACGGCGGCCACAGAGGCGUUCACGCUCGAGGAGACGGGCCCCAGGGUCGGAGCAGUGGCUGUCGACACCCAUGUCGACAACUUUCAUUUGACUUGUGAAUCGCCAUUGUUCAAGUCUGAGAUGGUGAUCGUCCCCAAGGAAGCCUUGGCGCUCCAGUACCACGACCGUGGAGAUGAGCAAGCGAUGAUCGUGGUGCCGCCAGUUGCAGGUGGUCCUGCAGCUAUUCCUGUGGAAAAUGCUUUGGGCUCUCUGAAGGCAUUGACGGGUUCGGCUGGGGCCCCAGCUCAGGGUGAUGCGAUUGUGGCGGCGGAGAGCUCAGCCAGUGAGAGUGGUCUGACGCCAUCAGCUCCAGCUACGGGUGCUCGAACCUUGCAGGUGCAGCGCCGGUCGUUGGAGGCGAGGCUGCACAGUGCUCAGCGUGACAAAAAGAAGGGUUCAGGGUCGUAUGUACCUCAGUCGGUGUUACGGAUUCUCAGAUCGGGGGUGAGGCAGAGCGACAGUUGGGCACCCAGUGGGUUGUGGGUCCCUAGAUCGGGAGUGAAGCAGAGCGACAGACCUAUUUUGUGGGUCAGUCAUUUGCUUCUGCCUGAUCAGAAUGUGUUGGGUGAGUGCGUAGGUGUGAAGGCGGUGCAAGCUUCACCGUUCGUCAACUUAGCGUUUGUGUCUGCCAUGGAAGUGCACACGGCACAGGAGUUUGCAAUGAAGGUCAGUGAGUGGGCACCACAGCUCGAUGAGUCAGUUCGUGAUGACCUGCUGCGCUCAUCCUUCAUGCUCGAACAGUUUUGGUUGUUGGCUGGUUCUGUGGAGAAAGCUUUCUUUGAAUCAACUGCACUGCAACUGGGGUUUGGGCUCUGGGAGAUGUCUGCUCCCCCUAUUAGCUCUGAGACAGCUAGGGCUCGAAGGGUGGGUGCCAUUAAGGCACUGACAGACAGAUCUAGGCCCCCCAGAAAGAUCCUGAAAGCUACCCCUGAUGAGCAGUCCAACACCCCGCUGCUCGACCAGGAAAAUGCAGCAAGAUGGAAGUGGGCUGCUCGCCUGGAGGAGAUCGGCAAAGCGGCUGGGGCCUACUCUAAGCUGCUCAUGGAGACGGCGAAUGAGAGUGGCCUCUCCCCUGCUGAAGUGGCUCGGCUGCGGCAACUAGUGCUCUCCUCAGUUGUUCCGACCUUUAGAACGUCGGUUAAGUGGAUCACGGCCAAGCUGGCGAUCGAUUGUCCAGACGUGGAUCAUCCUGGCUUGCUAGCAAUCCAAGCCGAUAUCAUCAACAAGCGCGCUCGCACUCUGAAGGAAGCAGUUCCAAUCCCUACACAAGUGGUCAGAUGUUUUGAGCUCCUGGUUGUGGACACCAAUGAGCCAGAUCCCACUAGAUUGUUUGUGUGGUGGUGGCUCUGUAUGGUGUUCGCUUCCCUGCGUUUUGACGACGCGAUCCAUGUCAAGCCCAACGAGCUCGUCUUGAAUGAAGAGGGGAUGUUUGGCGUGGCAUGGCAAACUAGAGUCGAACGCAAACGUAGAGGCACCAAGUUCGUUGUGCCGCAUGUGAGCUUUUCAGGUGUUGAUUGGCUUCGUGCAGGCUGGCAGUUGCUCAUGCAGGAGGACCUUGAGCGGGACUUCUGGAUCAGGAACCUGAACACAAGGGAACAGUUCCAGGCAGCCCCAGCCAACUACCAGCGUUCGGUUCAGUGGCUCAAGUUCCUUGGGCGCUAUGCGGUCGAGCACUACCACGAAGGGGCCCAUGAGGAGUUCAAAGAGCUUGGUGCAGUGGUCAACAAACUGACAGCUCACUCAGCCAGGGUCACCAUGUUGGAUGCAGCUGUUCAUGCAGGCCGGAGUUCUGAAGAGAUUGGUCUUCAGGCGAAUUGGAAGAACCCGGGGCCGCUAGUUCUGAAGUACACCCGCAACAGGUCGGCCAUUCCGGCCAAGAUGGUCCAACAGCUCGUGCAGGACUUGACCAACAGCAGCAUCGCUAUGAAUUUGGAAACAGAGCAGAAACAGAUGGUGCCUGCAGUGAAUGCGCUGACUCAGCUACUGCAGCAGCUUCAAGUGGAAUCAAAGAAGACGGAUGACCAAACUGAGGCAACCACGGCAGAGAUCUCAACGAUGCAGGAAACGCGUGACGCCAAGGUGGAAAGCUUGGCGCAAGAUGUAGACUCUUUGAAGUAUGGCAUCGUGAAGCUCCAGGACAAGCACAUUCACAUGUCAGUUGUAGACGAAACCGCUUUCAUGUAG